GAAAAGAAGAAAAGAUUGUCUUCGCGCCUCUCGGACAGCUCCAGCAUCACAGUGCAGGCUGGUGAGUUCAUAAAAAAACGCAGUUUCCUGGGCCACACUCGGAACUGCUGAAUGGAACUUGGACAGUCUAGUCUGAGAAGCUUUUAGUUCAAAGCACUGGCCGCGGUUCUGACGGUACAUCGAAGCUACUGGGACGCUGGAUUAGACUUUUGAGCGCGGGGAUAUGCUCACUUUGGGACGGAGGAAACAGGCCAUGCUAAAAGGGACCUACCAGCGGUCUCCUAGGAAUCCAGAUCUGCGCUCCUGGACAGCUCAAACCCAGAGCGUACGGCGACGACCAGCGGGGCCGUGGGAGCGCGCGGGAGCGCACGGCGGGGGCGGCGGCUCGGGGACGAGGCGAGUAGAGGCCCGCGGCCGGGCGCCCAUGGCGUUCGCGCUGCUGCGCCCGGUCGGCGCGCACGUGCUGUACCCGGACGUGAGGCUGCUGAGCGAGGACGAGGAGAACCGCAGCGAGAGCGACGCGUCGGACCAGUCGUUCGGCUGCUGCGAAGGGCUGGAGGCGGCACGGCGUGGCCCGGGUCCCGGGAGCGGGCGGCGGGCGAGCAACGGCGCGGGCCCCGUGGUGGUGGUGCGGCAGCGACAGGCGGCCAACGCGCGCGAGCGAGACCGCACGCAGAGCGUGAACACGGCCUUCACCGCCCUGCGCACGCUCAUCCCCACCGAGCCCGUGGACCGAAAGCUGUCUAAGAUCGAGACGCUGCGUCUGGCGUCCAGCUACAUCGCCCACCUGGCCAACGUGCUGCUGCUGGGCGACGCGGCCGACGACGGGCAGCCGUGUUUCCGCGCGGCGGGCGGUGGCAAGAGCGCGGUCCCCGCCGCCGACGGCCGUCAGCCGCGCUCCAUCUGCACCUUCUGUCUCAGCAACCAGCGCAAGGGGGGCAGCCGUCGUGACCUGGGGGGCAGCUGCUUGAAAGUGAGGGGUGUAGCCCCGCUCCGAGGGCCUCGGCGAUGAACCUGGAUCCCUGGUUUUCUCCAAGAAGGACUCCAGAGAAAGAGGCCAUGAGCCAGCCCCUAGCUGGACAGAGGAGAAGAUUCCAGAAGCCCAAACCACUCCUGCGUUGUGUAAGGACCGGAGGACAAUGGCCUGGGCACAGGGCUCACCCUGGAGAGCCACAAGGACCCAUCUAGCCAUCCAGGCCUAGCUGGCCAGGGACAAGGCAGAAAUUUUAGAAAACCAAAGACUAUUUUUGAAAGUGUGUGUGUGUGUCUGUGUGUCUGUGUGAAUGUAGUAUGUGAGCAAAUCGGGGAGGGGGUCAAAAUAAAGGUAUUUUUAAAUAAA